AUGGGUUGGUCUCAGAACACGGAUGACGGCGCCUCCUUCACUUUCGUGAAGAAGGAGGAUCGGGACGGCGGCGAUGCGAGCAACAUGGCGUCCAAGUUCGCGUCCAAGGCUAUGAGGGGGGAGAUCUCGAUGGCGGACGGGCAACUCGCGGCCGAUUUCGAAUCAGUCCUCAAGGGCGAGGCCAUCUACCUCCCCGAGUUUCACUGCGGCAAGAACGACUUCGCGCUGCUCGCGGGCCUCGCCAAGGACAUGGAGACGCACGAACUCGCAUCCGAGGGCGGCGGCAUGGUCAACUGGUCUAAGCACCUCAAGCACGAGAACCCCGAGUUCUCGCAAACCUUCGCGCGCAUCGUCCACGCCAUGUCGGAGUACUUCGACGUCGACGUCUACGCCACCCGUCUGAACUUUUACCGGGACGGGACCGACUGGAAGCCCUUCCAUCACGACUCGCACGCGUACGGCGGCAGGGAGAAGCGCGAGGACUUCACCAUGGGCGCGUCCUUCGGCGGCGAGAGGGAGCUCACCUUCCUCCACGAGCCGUCGGGAUCGCAGUUUUCCUUUCCUCAGCGAAACGGCGACGUGUUCGCGUUCACCACCGAAGUCAACAAGAGGUUCAAGCACGGCGUGCCCAAGCUGACGCGCGGUAUCGGCGGCCCGAGGUUCAGCAUCAUCGCGUGGGGCCGACGCAGGGCGCUCACGUCUCGGAACGGCGGUGGCGAUGGUGGGCCGGGCGACGUCCGCGUGCCGACGCCGCGGGAGGCGAGUUUGUCGGGCGGCGCGAAUGGAUCCCAUGGAGACGGAGGACGGCACGCGUCGUCGUCGUCGGCGGCGGCGUCCUCGUUCUCGUCGCACGCGGGAGAUGCGAAGGUGAACGAGCUGGUCAUGGGAAGCGGGGAGUGCUCCGAGCUCAUCAGGAGGUACAUCCGCGAGGAGGAAGGGCGAGAGCGAGCCAGGAGAGGCGGCCAGGGAGGCGGGAGAGGUUCCGCCGGCCGGGUCGCCGUGUCGACCGCGGCGAACAAAUCCGCCGCGAUCCUGCCCCCACCGCGCGCGCCGGUCACGCCCACGGUGAUGAAAAUGAGGGAGACGAGGGGCAGCGCGCCGGGGGCGGCGGCGCUGCGAUCGGAACUCGGCGAGGAGAGGUACUCGCAGUUGAAGGAGUUUGCUCGUUGUUUUCAGAGGGGCGAGGUGGACGCGGAUUCGUUCUACGAGCACGCCAAGUACCUGUGCGACGGCGACGCGGGGAAGGUCAUGGCGUUGGCGUCGCACCUGCCGGACGCGGCGCGGCGCGCGGAGCUGCUCGCGGCGCACGCGGAACGACUCGCGAUGUAA